AGCGCAAAAUUGUAGUGUCAGAGUCUCUUCUCUCUCUCUCGCUCACGUUUAUAUUUAUUCCCGUAAAGCGCCAGAGCCCUUCGGUCCUUCCGUACGUAAAGUGUGACGAGGUUAAAACAGCUGUUCUGCUGGAUGGUUGCUUUGACAGGGAGAUCGACGGAUCAAGCGGAUGAUUUAUCAGAAAUCCAGGCCCUUAAAUGAUAUCGCGAAUAUUCCGUGGGGAAAAUGAGAAUGUCGCGGUCAAACGCAAACGGCAAAUCGACACUCUGAAAAUCUUUAAUGACAAUGUAAUAGAGCUCAGAGAAAAUGUGGACUAUCAAGUGGAAUUUCAAGCUGGCGAGAGACGAAUGGCUAUCAUGGUUUCUUUGUUACCGAAUUUUCCAUUGGAAAAGCCAGUACUUAGAGUUUCCCCACCGAUAAGUCAUCCCUGGUGCAACGAGCACAGUGAAAUCACCAGUGCGCCAGGAUUACUCAAUUUUUCAGUACAUAGUGAUCUCGGACGGGUUGUUCAAGCUAUUAUCAGAGAAUUCAGUAAGAAUCCACCAAAGUUAUUAGAGGAUAUUUCACCUGGCUCUGUUAAAUCACACAGAGAUUUACCAGGGAGGAACUCGCCGUCUUUCUCGCUUCAGCAGUAUUCCGUUGAAAUUCCAUCGACGUCGUUCAAUUCGCAGUUCAAUUACAAUACACAGUUUUCACACUUGUCGUCCUCCAGUGCAAAUACGUGCAUUUAUAAUUAUAAUUACACCAACUCCGGUCACACGUACGUCACGACUUCGAAAUCGUUCGGCAACACGUCGCAUCAUUCGGCAUAUAUUCCAAAUUCGAGAAGCAACGUCCUUCACAACACCACACCUACAGGGUAUACCGCGAAUCAUCAUGGAACGCCUUACUUGAACUCGCAUUACGCGAACGCGAAUUAUCAGCAGCCGUUGCCGAAUCAAUCGCAAACGAAAGUUCCGCAGAGCAUAAUAUUCCCUGAAUUAAAUAAUUUAACUAACGAGGAAUUGAAGAGGCUUGGCGAAGAUGACGAUAAGCUAGACGAUUUUCUGGAGAAACAUUCCCAAAUUAAAGAUAUAAAUGCAGCAAUCGAGGAUGCUAUGGAUUGGGUUGAAAAAACUGCCGAAGCUAACGCAGCCAAAGAACCUGAGCUGGAACAGCUGCAAGCUGAUGUGACAGACAAGGUGAAAACGGUGGCGAUGUUGAAAGCCAGAUACGAUCAUCUUAUACAACGAUACAAUAAAUUGUCCGAAGUCUUCACGCCAGAUCACAUAAAGGAGUGUUUGAGGCAAGCUGCAGACGAGAGCCACGAAGAGAGCGAGAAAAUCGCCGAAGAUUUUCUGAACCGCAAGAUCGACGUCGAACGUUUUCUCAGCACGUAUAUCGAGUGUCGAAAGUUGGGCCAAGCGAGACGAACCAAGGAAGAGAAGCUAGCGCAUCAGUUGAACGAAUUGAAACGGGCCGGUUUCUGAAAUGAUACGCAUUAAAUAAUCAUCUUUUUUUUAAUGGAAUCGAACAAAAAAACUUGUAAAUAAAACUUAGUUAAUUUAAACGUUAUUGUGAAUUCAAAUUUAUAACAUUCGUGAUUACCAAACGUCUAAUGUGGCUAGAGAGAAAUCAAUCGAGUAUUCGGUUGAGAGAAACAUAUUUUUUCGCGUAAACGCUUUACGUUUCACUCGCUUCUAUAUAUAUAUAUAUAUAUAUAUAUAUAUAUAUAUAUAUAUAUAUAUAUAUAUAUAUAGAAUAUAUAUAUUUACUCUUAUGCUAGAUUUCAAAUCACUUUAAAUCACACGCGCGUAGCAUUCCAGAAUUGAAGCAUGUAUACACACACAAACACAAGUGGCGCUAAAUGAACGAAGUGAUUGAAAAACCAGGAGUGCUUUAAGAUUAACUUUGAUGGAGUACUGUUACACUCUGUAUUUCGGACAAUUUUGCAAGAUAAGAAAGCAAUAUAUAUAGUGAACGCAUUAAAUCCGUGUUUGAAACUCUCCCGUGUAACAAGUUGAUUCAUUAUGAGUACUUACUUCAUAGUGAAAGAAAAAUAAACAACGUGGCUUUAAUUAUGUUAGUUUUGCACAUGUGAUCACACAACACAUGUACCCUAUCGCGAUCAACUCUAAGGGAGGUACGUUUUUUACUGUGUAAAUAUAUGUGCAGGGAUGUAAUUAAACUCGAUUUUUGAAAAUUUGCUA